CUUAAUGCCGGCAAAAUGGUCGACGAGAUAGCAGCUACGCUGCCAGAUAUUGUUUUGGAAGUGAUAUUUUCGUAUUUGGACCUUCACGAUUUACGGAACUGUUCGUUAGUGUGUAAAAAUUGGUAUAGAUUUCUUAAUGACGAUAACAAUGAUGUUUGGCGUCUGCACUGCAUAAGAAAAUUAGCUGAAGAAGCUCUCAAGUCGGACCUGCUUUCAUCUGUGCCAACUUACAAGGCUAAAUUAAGAGCGUUUUAUCAUGCUUGGAACCCUAAUGACUGUUCGCGAAAUAUUUACAUAAAACCAAAUGGGUUUACGUUACAUAGAAAUCCUGUUGCUCAAAGCACGGACGCAUCAAGAGGGAAAAUUGGGUUUCGACAUGGAAGGCAUGCUUGGGAAGUGAUAUGGGAAGGGCCUUUGGGCACAGUUGCUGUUAUAGGAAUUGCCACAAAAGAGGCUCCCUUACAGUGUCACGGGUAUGUUGCGUUGUUAGGAUCAGAUGAACAAAGUUGGGGAUGGAACUUAGUUGAUAACCAUUUACUCCACAAUGGAGAUUCUCAAGGAAACUAUCCACUAGUCAACAAUGCGCCUAAAUAUCAGGUUGGAGAAAGGAUACGAGUGAUAUUAGACUGUGAUGAUAAUACACUGUCUUUCGAGAAAAACUAUGAGUUUCUGGGUGUUGCGUUCAGAGGACUGCCAGACAAGAGACUCUACCCAUCCGUGUCUGCCGUGUAUGGCAACACAGAAGUGUCCAUGGUGUACCUGGGGCCCCCGCUGGAUGGCUAACACAGGCGGGGGUCUGACCGAUGAGUUUGAUAUUCCUACAGUUCAGAAUGCUGCGGUGACAGGCUAACCAAGUUGCUGAGUUGGAACCUGGCAACUGAAACGCCUCCCGUAUAGAUCAUGACCCAGCAUGACAACACUGCCUUUACCACUCCAUCUAUAGGUUAAGUUCUUUAGGCUUAAUUUGAUACUUUUCCAAAGCUAAUGGGAAGUUGAUCCUUAUUUUAAGUAGUCAAUGACAUCUAAGUUCCAGAAAAGUGAAUGAGGUAUUGACUUUUAUGGAGAAAGUCUCGAGGAUUAUUUGAGAUAGGCUUUGGUAAUCAAAAUAGUUAAUUUGCUAUGAUGUGGCUAACAAAUUAAGAUAUUUGACAUAUAAUUUUAAUUGUGUAUGCGAUGUCAUAAAAUCACGAGGCUCCAUCUUUUAGGAUUGAAAUGUAAUUUUCUUUGCUCAAUCUUACACAUUAGGUAAAUCAUAGCUUCUACAAAAUUAUGUAGUGGCAAAUAUUUUAGCGGGAAAGUAUAUAUUUAAUCAGGUGAUUAGUAAAACAACCAGGAAAAAAUUGUUUUAGAGUACCAUUAAUUGAAAAAUCCAAUGUUGAUUCAGCUUGAUUUUGAAAUGUCAGACGAACUCAUGUUUAAAGAUAUAUUGUUAAACCUCAUGAAAGGUUGUAAACAUGUAAACUUACAUGUUGUUCUCAACCGAACACUUUGAAAUGAGUUUUUGCUGCAAUGUUCAUCGAUAUGUUCAUCAAUAUAGAAGGUCUAAGGCAAUUAGCAUAAAGUUGAAUAAAACUACAAGUCAUUAAAAAUGUUAGUCAUGGGAUCAGUACCAACUAGUAUCGACAUAUGCUAAACAAGAUUAAAAUAUUGUUUUGAAGCUUACAAACAUUUAAUUUAUGCCCAACUUAUUUUUCAAGUUGUUGGUAAAGAGGUAAAAAAUAGUUCGUGAUCCCUUCUUUCAGUUUCUAAUUUUGUAUUUCCCUUAACUUUUUAUUUUAGGCAAAAAUAAUUUAUAUUGUAGGAUGUACUUGUACUCGUCUUUAUCUUGCAAAUUUAAAACCAUGACUAUCUUAUCGAACCAUUCUCUCUUUUUUACUUUCUGGACGAGGGUAGUAUAAGAUCACGUAAUGAUAUAUUUUGAACCAUUUGUAUAAAAUUGGGAAAUUCCUAUAAGAUUAAAAGUAACUAUAGCUGAAUUAGGAGAAGAAUAUCCAAAGAACUUUUUACAAAUCUUAAAAUCCAAACAUGCCAUAUAACAAAUGUUGACUUUAAAAAAUAUGCUUUUGAAUUAUUACAACCUGAAUAUUUUACUACAUCUAAAAUUGGAAUGGCUUUGCUUUUUCGGUAAUAAGAACUGCUCACUUAUAUGUUGUUAAAUUUAACUAAUAAACUCAGAUAAAUUAAUUUAUUAGCUUGUGUGUGUUCAGCACAUUUAAAAACAUCUCUUGCACUUUUCAACCUAGUGUUUUUGUCAAAUAUACAAUAUUUCAGUAGCCUAUUCUAGCUUUUGCCGUAAACGGAGUUGGAGACCCCUGCUUUUUAUAGUAUUAAACAUGUAAUAAGAAAACAGUAAUCGAGUUCAAAAUCUGAAAAGCCUUUGCAUGUUUUAAGUGUUUUUAAAACAUUUUGGCUGUCAAGCACUUUUGCUGUUUUCUUCGAGAACCGCCAGCUGAGUUCACCUUCAAUUGCCAAGACUGUCAGCCAUUAUUAUUAUUAUUGCUAUUUUGUCAGCCAUAUGACAACCAGAAUUGCCAAGCCAAAUCAUAUGAUUUUACAAUGUUUUUCUUUUAAAACCAUAAAUUCCCUUAUAACUUAUAAUAUAGAUAGAACCUGAUAUCUUUUUUUUUUUAGGUAAAUAUGUGUAACACCUCAUAUAUAUUUGAAUGAAAGACAAUCUUCAAACAAACGUACAAACAAACACACAAACCUUCACACUUAUAAGUAAGGUGAUUCAUUGCAAAGAAUUUACAAAAUUACCGAUCACAUCGGCAGCGGGCAUUUCUCGCACAGACGACAGGCGCCGAUGUGGUCGGCAGCUGGCAUUUCUUGUGACGAAAGGUGAUGCUGAUCACAGCGGCAGUUUACACUUCUUGCGAUGAUUAUAUUGAUUUAUUCUUGGGUCAACAACUCCCUUUAUUUUGUGAGUUAAAAAUAAAAUCCUUACUGUUUCAGUUUAAGAGGCAAGCUUAAAUAACAAAAAAAGGUCUUACAUUUUUUUUUAUGUACCUGAUGUAAAAGAUUUGUUUUAGUAAAGUUAAAGAAAAGGGAAGAAAUGCUUAUAAUUCCCAAUUGCAAUGUUUGUCAGUCCUUUAAAAACAAAGAGAGGAUUUUACUUUGUAACUCAUUUAAUACAUUCCAUAAUACUAUAGGCCUAACAACUAAAAUAAAAGUACUUACUAACAUUUUCUUCAUUUAGAAAUAUUUAGGGUUUUAGCCUACUGUAUUUGAAAACCUUCACAAAUAUGUAAACUGGUCCGUAUUCUUCAAUUGUUUUUGGAUGUUAUUUAACUUACUUAUCCAAGUUUUGCUCAGUUUUCUCCAAAUAAAUGCAUCCCCUCGUUUACUUCCUCAAAUAAUUAAUUGUAAGAUUGUGAGUACAAAGAAGUGAUGUAAUUGUAACUAUUAUUUUUUAGCAAGGUAUCAUGAAGAGUGUGCUAAUAAAGUUAACUCUUGGAGCUAUUUACUUAUUAUAAUAUAUGCACUUGGGAUUUUAUCGCUCAUGAUUAGGUACUCCAAUUGGGAUUUAGGUUUAACAUUUAACUCUAGUCCUUGAGUGCUUAGUGCCUCAACACAGUGCUAUUACAGUAGAACCCCGUCUAACCGAAAUAAAGGGGGGAGAGCUGUUUCGGGUAACAAAUUUUUCGGUUAACCCAUCAUAUGCUAAAAAUAGCCAAUGUAUCACCACAGUGUGAAGGGAAAAUUAAUUUAAUAGAAUUUCUAUAUAAUUCAGUGUUUUAUUUCAACUACAAAAAUGUUACAAUGGGAUGGAAAAUACUUUAAACCAGACAACUGAAGUUAUUAAAGCAUUUUAUAGCCCUAUAUUAUUUUAUAGAACCAUUUCGGUUAACCCGGGUUUCGGUUAACUUAAAUUUGGUUAAUAGGGGUUCUACUGUACCUAUAUGUUUUAUAUAUUAGUAUUUGUUUGUUUGCCCUGCAAAAAUAAAUAUUCUUGUAAAAUACAAAUCAAGUUUGAUUUGGCAUUUUUUAUUAAUGUAUAAAGUUCUGUUUGUAAAGUAACAAGUAUGUAAGAAGACAGUGAUCACUCGCAGUCACAUCUAUGUUUGGUUAUUAAACGUUGCCAAGUAAAGCUCUUGGCCAAUUUAGCGGAACCACAACUUAACUGGGUCCCGUCUUAACUGUUAAUUCCAAGUUGUACUUCUAAUCAGCACUGGAUCCCCUCGCAUUUCAAUAUGUUUCUGUUACACAUCUGAAUCAUAAUGGAUUCAAGAUAUUUUUCAUCUACCUCACUCUUCACUAUUUUAUUUUUUACUUGCAGGGAAGAAAAAUUUUGUUUUCCUAUUUAAAAAAAUUUAAUUAAUUUAAAAACUUAAUCAUCUUUGUACUUAAAAAUGUUUGUUCAAGUUAUUUUUGAUCAAGUAUACAGAAAUAUUUACUAGACAUUCAUAUGCCUAAUUAUGGUACCAGAGUUCUAUAAAGGAUUGUGGCCAGUGGUGUCUUGGUUAUGGUUAAUACUACUUGAAACAAAAAUUGUGGAGAUCAAACUUUUCCUAAUUCAUCGUCCAAAUAUUAAUAAUUCUAAUAUUGUAGCCUAUCAAUCGAUGGACUAAUAUGAUAAACCACACAAUCAUGCAAUAUAUUUUUGUACCAAAUUCCAGUAGUUCUGUAAUUACAGUUCACAAUUAUCAGUUUUUUACCGAUAUUGCAGGCUUCAGAAGGGGUUGCUUUCUCUUUAUAUGAUCUCAUUUAUACUGCUUGGGAAAAUCAUAACUGCUUAAGUGAUCUACAUGGUCGCUGUUCUUCAGUUUUAUCCGGAUUUUGGUACCUGAUGUAAAUAUGUAUAGAUAACAGUCAAUAAAUUAAUCUGAUAUCAGGUUUUUAUUGUAUAUAGAUAUUUAUUUGUAUCUAUGUAAAUAAUAUUAUAAAGUGUGUAUUGUAUUGCAAUGUGUGUAUGCAGGGAGGAUAAUUUAUCAAUCUUUUUAUUUGAGCUUGAUAUUUUCACCUAUCGUACAAACCGUUUUGGUUUUAUUAUCUCAUUUACUGUGAUAGUCAUGUUUUUCGUUUGUUUUGUGAAUAGUUAUAUUAUUUUCAAAAUAAUGUGACCAUAUUAAAUUGUUGAUUAA